AUGGCGGGUGCAGUAUUGGAGCUUCGGGGUGUAACGAACCAGAUGGUUCAAGUCCAAGAUACCACUGACAUCUCCACCUUCCCUGUCAGUGUCCCCCCAUUGGGCAAGGUGGAAGCAAUCAGACAGGAAGCAGACAGUUUGCUGGAAAAAGAGCACAAUACACAGGGUAGUUCAGCUGGCACUAAGCAUGGGCUUCUACUCAAAUGUAUUCGUAGUACCAAAAUCUACAGGCGGCUGGCAUCUGGUUCUGGACAUAAGCAGACUAAAUCAGUAUGUGCUUCUCGACCGGUUCCGCAUGAAGACGCCAUUCGACUGGCUAGCCUCUAUAGACUUCAGCGAUGCAUACCUGCACAUACCGAUGCACCCAAGGAAAUUGGAAUUUGGGUGAAGCUGGAUAGAUGCAUGCACGACCAGGCAACAGUGGAUGUGAGUGACCAACAAGCUCACACUGUAUCCAGUAAGAUCUUUAGUAAGAUCACUACAAUUGUGGAUAUCCCUUCAGUGAUGACACAUCUAGAUGCAAUUGGGCCUUUCGUAGUGACACAUUUUGAUCCAAUGCUUCUAAGGUUGGUCGUUGAGUGUCCAGAGAGAGAUUCAGCUGACAAAUUGUGGAAUUCAUACCAGUGUGGUAAGUUGAACGAGUUAUUCCAGAAAGAUAUCGUGACUGAUGAUGUACUGAAAGAAUGUGGCAUAUCAGAAAUUAUCCUCAAGACUACGAUAGAGACAUGGAAUUAUGAGAAAUGUGUGUUGUACUUCAAAUAUGAUGAAACAAAUGUUAAGGAUGGUAGGUCUGCACUGCAUGUUGCUGUUGAAGCUGGAUCUGUCAAUGUUAUAAAUUUGCUACUUAGUCAAGGAAUAAACAAAAGCUUAAUUGACCAGAAUGGUUGGACAGCUCUACACCAUGCAAGUAAUCAGGUACAUGUAGAUAUAGUAAGAAUCUUACUAGAUGCAUCAGUUGACAAGGAUGCCCAAGACAAGGAUGGUUGGACAGCUCUACACCAUGCAAGUAAUAAUGGGCAUGUAGAUACAGUAAGAAUCUUACUAGAUGCAUCAGUUGACAAGGAUGCCCAAGACCAGGAUGGUUGGACAGCUCUACACCAUGCAAGUAAUAAUGGGCAUGUAGAUACAGUAAGAAUCUUACUAGAUGCAUCAGUUGACAAGGAUGCCCGAGACCAGGAUGGUUGGACAGCUCUACACCAUGCAAGUAAUAAUGGGCAUGUAGAUACAGUAAGAAUCUUACUAGAUGCAUCAGUUGACAAGGAUGCCCGAGACCAGGAUGGUUGGACAGCUCUACACUGGGCAAGUAAUCAGGGACAUGUAGAUACAGUAAGAAUCUUACUAGAUGCAUCAAUUGACAAGGAUGCCCAAGACCAGGAUGGUGUGACAGCUCUACACCAUGCAAGUAAUCAGGGACAUGUAGAUAUAGUAAGAAUCCUACUGGAUGCAUCAGUUGACAAGGAUGCCCAAGACCAGGACGGUGUGACAGCUCUACACCAUGCAAGUAAUCAGGGACAUGUAGAUAUAGUAAGAAUCCUACUGGAUGCAUCAGUUGACAAGGAUGCCCAAGACCAGGAUGGUUGGACAGCUCUACACCAUGCAAGUAAUCAGGGACAUGUAGAUACAGUAAGAAUCUUACUAGAUGCAUCAGUUGACAAGGAUGCCCAAGACCAGGAUGGUUGGACAGCUCUACACUGGGCAAGUAAUCAGGGACAUGUAGAUACAGUAAGAAUCUUACUAGAUGCAUCAGUUGACACGGAUGCCCAAGACAAGGAUGGAAUUAAUGCACUACAUGUAGCAAGUUACAAUGGACAAGUCGACAUAGUAAAAUUGUUAUUAGAUGCCUCUGUUGUCAAAGAUACCCGCACCAAGGGUGGCAACACAGCUCUUCAUAUUGCUGCAGAAAAAGGACAUCCUGAAGUUGUUAAACUUCUCCUUGAUGCUGGUUUACAAAGGUAUGCAGUGAAUGAGGUAUGUACUAGAUUUCACUGUAUAAUAUCAAUGUGCACUUGCUGA